AUCACUGAAUUUGUCUUUUUACUGUCUUUUCAUUCAUGUGCCUAUCAUUCUUAAGUUUCUGCUGGGGACCACCAAAUUAUAGCUGUUUGAGUGAGUUGUUGACCCUUAGUUACUACUAGUAGGUACUGUGACGUAGUAGUAGCAUUCUACAUGUUUUCUACUGUGUAUUGAUUUUGGGCUAUCUUUUUACUGCUUAAUGACACAUAGGAUUAAAAUUUGACUUGUACCACUACAGGUACAGCAAUAGCAUGUACCAAAGCAAAAAUCAGCAGUUGGAGGAGUGAGCACAGAACAACGACCACCACUAGUACUAGUACUAGUAGUACUAGUACUACCCUAAUACUGCUACUAGUAGUAGUACUAGUAGUAGUAUAGUAGUAGUACUAGUACUAGUAGUACCAGGAGCUUGGUCUUUAGUACUAUGAAGUUUGAAAACAACAAAGUGGUGAGCUUUACUACUAGUACUACUAUGAAGUGAAGAAUUUUUCAUGUGGAGUUGGUACUAAACCCGUUCUUCAUUAUAACCUUGUAGUCAAGGCCGCGCCAGUUUUUAAAACAUACUUACUGUAAGAAACAAAGAGUUUCAAAAAAAGGUUUUGGAAAAAACAACGAUCGCAAGAGAAUAGUACGUUUCCACGUGUACAGGCAUCCUCUCAAUGUGGAAACAGUGAUCGAACUUGGUAAAAACCAAUUCUGAAUGAUUAUUUUCGUUUUUAGUACGCUUUUGUAUGACAUCUCCACUUGAUACGAUAUGCGUCAUAUCGAUUUUUUUAAUUAAGAGACAACAAAAACGCCAAAUUGUUUCGUACGCACUUCUGUUGUUUCUGAUCGCGCGCAACUAUAGUACUAUCGUUCCAAGAUGGAAUCUUUUUGCAYACUUAUGGGAAUCGAAGUCAAWUUUCGCAUUUCGAAGGCGAACCGCCCAUCAACAAAAUGAUCUUUUCUCUCAAGCUUGCUUGUGAGAAAUUCUCGGUACGAACGUUCUCGAUUCAUUCAUUCUCAUUGCUCUUGGCUGUAGUUCUUGAUUUCUUUCUCUCUUCGACUUUUUCUACGGUAUUGCUGUACAUAUAUCGAAUAGUCUCAAUCUCACUAACUUGCAUUCGUAACUCUCAUCACUGUGAAGAUGUUUCCGAAACCAGACCAACAAUUGACUUCCUCCUCAAAGGAAGUUAAAGAACCCGAAGCUACAGAAAAGACCAUUCCCUUUCUAMGGUAAGUGAAGAUACCGAUCCUUAUCGGCACCAGAAAAAAGAAACCCAUKCUUCUCGCCAGUCUUCCCGAAACUUCGACAAAAACCGUUUUUGAUGUUGGAGUUCCACAGUGCCGCUAUGAUUUGACCCGUGGAUGCUCUUCAUGGAUGUCUGAACACARUAAAUUGYCAUCAUCGAGAGAUGACGACCGGUUAUACAGAAUCUGCUCAAGAGCACCAAAGUCAAAUCAAUCAUCCUAAAAACCAUAACAUCAAAGAAGCCCGUUAAGAUYCCGUGGUUUGAUGCGUGAUGCGCGAAUUUAAGACGGCAGAGCAUUUCUAUCGAGAAAGAAUGGAAUAGAAAAUAUUUUUUCCUUUGUUUUCUAUUCCAGUACAUUCUAUGCUUUUUAUUUCAGAACCCCCAUUGCAUUGCAAACUUYAGCAAUUUUAUGGGAUGAUGCAGUUCGGGGAUGGUUUAUUGUUCGUUGCGGGUAUGCAUCAUCCUUCAAUUUUAUAUGAAUCUCACACCAAUAAUGUUUCACUUGUUUUGUUCUUUUUUGCUACAGACGGCUUGUUGACAUGCUUUCGGAGAACGAAGAUGUGAUCUCAUUUUGCCCUGGUCGGAUUGAAAACGGAUCAAAAACGUUGGGACGCAUCGUUGUCCAUGACCGAAUCAAGGUAGAGAACGAGAUCCUAACGAGAUACUUCAAUCACUCGUCCUUUGCGUCGCUUCGUCGACAGCUCAAUUACUUUAGUUUCACUCGGAUUGGUAAGGGCAGGCAGAAGGGUGCAACCUAUUGUAACGAGGGGGUCAUUGUCAUUGACGAUAUUCUUCGCCUUAGACGUAGAUCARCCACCAGUGGCAAUUCAACCAAUGGAACUGAUGGUUGCYUCUCAGAAUCCAUCAAGAAUCGCCACAGCGAAAAAGUCGAAUCCCACAAAACUAAAUCAACGCCUGCAGUCUUCAAAGCGAAAGCCGGAACGAAAGAAGUACCGCAGAAGAAUAGAACCAAACGAUCGCGAUCAGUGACUUCAUUACAAGAUACACAAUACACGAAAAAAGCCAGAUUCCAGUUGUGCGAUCGSGGCGAAGACAAUGAAAGCACUCUGCACAUUGUUGCCCCUUCUGCGACGCCAAAAAUUGUAUCCCCGGUCACGUCCCCCUUACAUUCACCGUCCACCUCGCCGGAUGGGACACUGCAAGUUUCACUGGACCUAACUGUUCCACCACCACAGUUUCUGAGUCUGACAACCUCGAGUAUCACUAAAAAUAGUUCCUCGAGUGUGGUCAGUAGAAGCAAUGACGAUUUUCAGCAAAUCCAUCGAAAUAUAAAACCUACGGARGACCCCGACAUUAUAGCAGGGUGUAAAGCACUUUUAUGCUUUUCACAUGGAAUUCAUUAGUGAAUUUCAAGACCACAAUGCAUUCGUGUACAUUCCUAUUUAUGUUUUAUUUUCCUAACUGAUAGUUUUUGCAGUUUGAUAAUGACCAUCAAGAAAAGGUGCUGGAAGGGAAGCCCACUAACGCAAGUAAGAGAUGACCUACAUACUUUUACGACAACACUUUAUUUAAAUUACAUGAGCAAGGGUCAAAAACAGGCGAUGGCUUUCACGCCAGUUAUGGCACACAAAAUCAUCCUUGUUGGGCACCACUUAACAUUUCCUAAAUUAAAAUGAUAUCUAUUUU